AUGAGAGCUCCUGAUAAUUUAUUUUAACAUAAAGAAGUGUUUCCCUCUAAAUAUCAAUCUGAUUACAAGAAAGACAAUUAUCUGGAGUAUUAUUACAAUUUAAAAAGUAAGGACUAUAUUUUAAAAAGUAAAAUAAUUAAUUACAUUGGCAUUCUAAUUAUCAAGAAUCAUAAUAAUUGAUUAAACUUAAAUAUAGGAAUAGAUCAUUUAAUAUUCUGUUGAUUUUAGUAUUACAAGUUAAGCAUUAAUUAGAUAAUGAUCCAU